UGGCCAAAAUAGCUAAACGCAUCUUUGGAGGAAGUUGAUCCUGAGAUUGCUGACAUCAUUGAGCUUGAGAAAGCUAGACAGUGGAAGGGGCUUGAACUCAUUCCAUCUGAGAAUUUCACAUCUGUCUCGGUGAUGCAAGCUGUUGGCUCUGUGAUGACUAACAAGUACAGUGAAGGGUACCCUGGUGCUAGAUACUAUGGAGGAAAUGAGUACAUAGACAUGGCGGGAACCUUGUGCCAGAAACGUGCUCUUGAAGCUUUCCGGUUAGACCCUGAGAAGUGGGGAGUGAAUGUGCAACCUUUGUCUGGAUCUCCUGCCAACUUCCAUGUCUACACAUUAAAUAACAACGAGAGACUAGUGUGUUUUGUCGUCUGUGUCUGUGUGCUUGAUCAUCCCUAUGCUUUAAAUACAUAGUAGCAUAACGUGAUA